AUGAAUUGUUCUACCGUUAAUAUUCUUGAUCUAUCUGAUGAAAUGUUGCUGACUAUUCUGAACAAACUCAGUAAUACUGAUGUAUUGUAUUCAUUCAUAGAAGUCAAUCGAAAACUCGAUAGAUUGGCGCGGGACAUUACUUUUACACAGUCUGUUGAUUUAGUAACAAUAUUAUCAAAUGAGCAUGAUGAUUCAAGAAACAAGUCAGUACUUGAUCGAUUUUGUUCUGAUAUAAUACCUCAAAUUCAACACAAUAUUGAAUGUUUUACUCUUGAUCCAUUGUCAAUUGAUGGUGUUCUUUGCACUGAAAAUUAUUCUAAACUUCAUAAACUAACUCUUGUUAAUCUUCAACUCGAAGUGGCCGCCGACGAAUCAUCAUUUGUUCGUAUUUUCAAACAUAAGAUUUCACAUCUUACUGUUACAAUUAAUGAUAACAGCACAGCUCAAUAUAUACGGAAAUUAUCCACAAAUGUUUUCACCACUAUUUUUACGAUGUUUACAAAUUUAACUGAUCUUCAUUUCAGUUUAAAAGACAUUUGCCGCUAUCCACAAACUUCACUUAUUGAUUUAGUAUCUACAACAUGUUAUCCAUCAAAUAUUAUUUAUUUGAAUGUUAGAGUGCGCAAUUUUAACGAUUGUCUUUCUUUACUUGAUGGACGUCUUUGGAAAUUACAAACAUUUAUUGUCGAAAUUGAUAGGAUUAAUACAACCUCAAUGACUAUCAACAAUACGGUAAAAUAUUUUAAGUUACGGUGA